AUGUGCUGGGCCAGCUGCCUUGACUUCUGCAAAGCCGCCCUGGCUGAUGACCUUGAGGAGCCUAUGAUCAUCAAUUCCUCAAGAGAGACACUGGCUGAAUGGAUUCGUCAGUCAGUAUUCAAUAUACAGAACUAUUUGAAGGGCAUUCGCUGGGGCAGGGUUAACUGUAAGGUCCGGACUCUGAGACAAGCACUGACUCCUCCUAUUUCUCUCCAUAGUUGCUGGCUGAAUACAGAGACAGGGUUCAUCUGGAGUUUCUUGGGGCCAGUUUGCACAGUCAUAGCGAUCAACUCCAUCCUCCUGACCUGGACCUUGUGGAUCCUGAGGCAGAGGCUUUCCAGUGUCAAUGCCGAAGUCUCAACGCUAAAAGACACCAGGUUACUGACCUUCAAGGCCUUUGCCCAGCUCUUCAUCCUGGGCUGCUCCUGGGUGCUGGGCAUUUUUCAGAUUGGACCUGUGGCAGGUGUCAUGGCCUACCUAUUCACCAUCAUCAACAGCCUGCAGGGGGCCUUCAUCUUCCUCAUCCACUGUCUGCUUAACCGCCAGGUACGAGAAGAAUACAAGAGGUGGAUCACCGGGAAGAUGAAGCCUAGCUCCCAGUCCCAGACUUCAAACAUCUUGCUGUCCUCCAUGCCGUCCGCUUCCAAGACGGGUUAAAGCCCUUUCUUGCUUUCAAAUAUGCUGUGGAGCAACAGUUGAGGACAGUAGUUUCCUGCAGGAGCCUACCCUGAAAUCUCCUCGCAGCUUAACAUGGAAAUGAGGAUCCCACCAGCCCCAGAACUCUCUGGGGAAGAAUGUUUGGGGCCUUCUUCCCAGGGUUGUAUGCACUGAUGAGAAUCAGGGGUUUCUGCUCCAAAUGAUCAUUUUAUCUUCUGUGCUCUGCAACUCUUUGAGUUCCAGAGUUUUUGAGAACAGACCCCAAUUCAAUGGCAUGAACAAGAACAUCUGGCUACCGUUUUGUUUUCUCCCGCCCUUGUUGGUGCAUGGUUCUAAGCGUGCCCCGCUAGCGCCUAUCACACGCCUGACGCAGAGGACCUCUCAAUAAAUGAUUUGUCGGCUGGGCGCGGUGGCUCACGCCUGUAAUCCCAGCGCUUUAGGAGGCCGAGGCGGGUGGAUCACAAGGUCAGAAGAUCGAGACCAUCCUGGCUAACACGGUGAAACCCCGUCUCUACUAAAAA